AUGACCCAGACUCCCCUCAAGGCCCCGGCUCCCCUCAAGGCCCCGGCUCCCCUCAAGGCCCGGCUCCUAGGCUCCCCUCAAGGCCCCCGGUUCCCCUCAAGGCCCCGGCUCCUAGGCUCCCCUCAAGGCCCCCCUCAAGGCUCCUCUCAUGACCCAGACUCCCCUCAAGGCCCCGGCUCCCCUCAAGGCCCCGGCUCCCCUCAAGGCCCAGCUCCUAGGCUCCCCUCAAGGCCCCCGGUUCCCCUCAAGGCCCCGGCUCCUAGGCUCCCCUCAAGGCCCCUGCUCCUAGGCUCCCCUCAAGGCUCGGCUCCCCUCAAGGCCCCGGCUCCUAGGCCCCGGCUCCUAGGCUCCUCUCAUGACCCAGACUCCCCUCAAGGCCCCGGCUCCCCUCAAGGCCCCGGCUCCCCUCAAGGCCCGGCUCCUAGGCUCCCCUCAAGGCCCCCGGUUCCCCUCAAGGCCCCCCCGGCUCCCCUCAAGGCUCCCCUCAAGGCCCCUGCUCCCCUAGGCUCCCCUCAAGGCCCGGCUCCCCUCAAGGCCCCGGCUCCUAGGCUCCCCUCAAGGCCCCCGGCUCCUCUCAUGACCCCGGCUCCUAGGCUCCCCUCAAGGCCCCGGCUCCUAGGCUCCCCUCAAGGCCCCGGCUCCCCUCAAGGCCCCGGCUCCCCUCAAGGCUCCUCUCAUGACCCAGACUCCCCUCAAGGCCCCGGCUCCCCUCAAGGCCCCGGCUCCCCUCAAGGCCCGGCUCCUAGGCUCCCCUCAAGGCCCCCGGUUCCCCUCAAGGCCCCGGCUCCUAGGCUCCCCUCAAGGCCCCUGCUCCUAGGCUCCCCUCAAGGCCCGGCUCCCCUCAAGGCCCCGGCUCCUAGGUUCCCCUCAAGGCCCCGGCUCCUAGGCUCCCCUCAAGGUUCCCCUCAAGGCCCGGCUCCCCUCAAGGCCCCGGCUCCCCUCAAGGCCCCGGCUCCCCUCAAGGCCCCGGCUCCUCUCAUGACCCUGGCUCCUAGGCUACCCUCAAGGCCCCGGCUCCUAGGCUCCCUCAAGGCGACGGCUCCCCUCAAGGCCCCGGAGACCCCUCAAGGCCUCGGCUCCAGAGGAAACUCUCAUGACCCCGGCUCCUAG